CUGCUUCUGUGUCCACUCGCCCUCGCUCUCCUUUUUAAAGCUCCUCUCGAUGCCUUCCACUGGCGCCCCCUUUAAAGCUCGCUCCUUUUUGCUCGCCUCGCCCCUCUUUCCUUCCACUCGAUCGAUUCUUGGUCGCGAUCCGUGUCCCGAUCGCUCGCAUUAAAACCCUGCCCCCCUCCUCGAAGUAAUUGCCUAGAAGCGCGUCUUUAAUUCGUCCGUUGGCUCUGGAAUGAUCCCCGAGGAGGAGGGUUUGGUCGGAUCCGGAGGGUGCCGGCCGUGAGAAGCCAUGCACGGGAGGAGACGGCUCGGCGACGGGCACGGGUGCGGUGCGGCGGCGUCGUCGCCGAGGGGCGCGCGGCGCGGGAAGCUGGUGCGCUGGGCGGCCGCCGCGGCGUCCCGACGGAGGGGCGCCCUGCUGGUGACGCCGCUCCUGUACCUGGCCUUGAUGCUGGUGAUGGUCGGGAGGUGGGAGUGGGACCUGGAGCCGCCCGUGCCGGUCCGCGUCGGCGUCACCAUCCUCAGGAGGGCGCCGCCGCCUGGGUCGGUGUACCGCAGCCCGCGGCUGUUCCACGAGCUGUGGGCCUUCAUGCAGGCCGACGUGAAUCACUCCAGUGCGUUGAUGACAGCAUGGCAUCAAAAAGCAACUCAAAAGUGGAAACCUCGUUUACCAAAGAGAUUAUUGCAAGCAGAGUUGCCACCUUCAAAUGGUUAUCUCAUAAUUGAAGCAAAUGGUGGUCUGAAUCAGCAGCGUAUGUCUAUAUGUGAUGCAGUUGCCGUGGCAGGCUUACUAAAUGCAACACUCGUAAUUCCAAUAUUUCAUUUUAACAGUGUUUGGCGUGAUUCAAGCAAGUUUGAAGAUAUAUUUGAUGAAGAGUACUUCACAGAAACACUCAAAAAUCAUGUAAGAGUGGUUAAAGAGCUCCCACCGGAGAUAUUGCAGCGAUUUGACAAUAAUAUCAGCAACAUUUUGAAUUUGAGAAGUAAGGCCCUAUCAUCUAAGACAUAUUAUCUACAGAAGGUUCUCCCAAAAUUAUUAGAACUGGGGGCUGUACGCAUAGCACCAUUCUCUAACAGAUUGGCUCAUUCAGUUCCAUCCAGCAUCCAGGGAGUAAGAUGUUUGACAAACUAUGAAGCAUUGCGCUUUUCUAAACCAAUAAGAUCUCUCGCCGAAAGAAUGGUUCACAGAAUGGUAAAUAACAGCUCAAUAAAUGGUGGAAAGUACAUCUCGGUGCAUCUUCGGUUUGAAGAGGAUAUGGUAGCCUUUUCGUGUUGUACUUAUGAUGGUGGUCAGCAAGAGAAAAAUGAAAUGGAUAAAGCUCGUGAAAGAAGUUGGAGAGGAAAGUUCAGGAGACCUGGUCGAGUAAUUAGCCCAGAGGCUAACAGAAGGAAUGGAAAAUGCCCUUUAACGCCAUUAGAGGUAGGAAUGAUGCUUCGAGGCAUGGGAUUUGGUAAUACCACAUCAGUCUAUGUUGCUUCUGGUAAGAUAUACAAUGCAGAAAAAUAUAUGGCUCCACUCCGUCAGCUUUUUCCUCUUUUAGAGACCAAGGAAACUCUUGCAUCAGCCGAUGAACUUGCACCUUUCAAGGGACAUUCGUCACAGUUGGCAGCAUUGGAUUAUACUGUUUGUGCUCACAGUGAAGUGUUUGUCACAACUCAAGGUGGAAACUUUCCCCAUUUUCUGAUGGGACAUAGGCGAUAUCUCAAUGAAGGGCACUCGAAGACCAUAAAUCCUGACAAGAAAAAGUUGGUGUUAUCAUUCGACAACCCAAACAUUAGAUGGGACAAGUUCAAGCGUAACAUGCAGGAAGUUCUACAUCAUAGUGACUUAAAGGGCAUCACUUUGCGGAAACCCGAUGCGUCCUUGUACACUUUUCCAAUGCCUGAUUGCAUGUGUCAGCAAGCAGAAGCAUAAGUUUACAGAUGUUGUACAUUGCUCAUCAAACUAGGUCAAGCUAACUGGAAGUCUGGUUCUUUUUUUUUUGACAUACCGGUAAGCAGUCAUGCGGUGGCAGCCAAUCAGUUGUAAUCCUAAUUCAUUCAUUCUUAUUUGGCGAAGGAUUGUUGUCAUAAUUUGACUGUCUGUAUCACAAAUACUGAGGUCCUAUGUAAUGCCAUAUGAGAGCAAUCUACAUGUAACAACAAUCUCUCCUUAUAUGAUAAAGAAAUUUCUGAAA